AUGAUAAACAAGACGCUUGUACUAACUUAUAUCUACUUACUGAUCUACAUUCUACUCUCUUCAGGAGUUAUACUGUACAACAAGUGGGUUUUAUCCCCAAAAUACUUCAAUUUUCCACUUCCUAUAACACUGACAAUGAUCCAUAUGGGGUUUGCUGGAUUUGUGGCCUUUCUUCUCAUUCGCGUGUUCAAGGUUGUAGCUCCGGUUAAAAUGACAUUUGAAAUAUAUGCAACCUGUGUGGUACCUAUAAGCGCAUUCUUUGCAUCAAGUCUCUGGUUUGGCAAUACUGCAUAUUUGCACAUUUCUGUUGCCUUCAUUCAGAUGCUCAAAGCUCUAAUGCCAGUAGCAACAUUUAUCAUGGCAGUUGUUUGCGGCACUGACAAACCAAGGUGUGACGUGUUCUCGAACAUGUUGCUGGUCAGCGUUGGAGUUGUGAUUUCCUCUUAUGGGGAAAUUCAUUUCAAUAUAGUUGGAACGGUCUAUCAGGUGACAGGCAUCUUUGCUGAAGCACUCAGACUGGUGCUUACUCAAGUUCUUCUCCAGAAGAAGGGUUUGACAUUGAACCCUAUUACCAGCUUAUAUUAUAUAGCUCCCUGCAGUUUUGUUUUUCUGGCCUUGCCUUGGUAUGUGUUGGAGAAACCUACAAUGGAAGUAGCACAGAUCCAAUUCAACUUCUGGAUCUUUUUCUCCAAUGCUCUAUGUGCCCUUGCCUUAAACUUCUCGAUUUUCUUAGUAAUCGGGAGAACAGGUGCAGUAACAAUCCGGGUGGCUGGUGUUCUGAAAGACUGGAUUCUCAUAGCUCUCUCCACCGUCAUUUUUCCCGAGUCCACAAUCACAGGGCUGAACAUCACUGGUUACGCAAUUGCGCUAUGUGGUGUCGUCAUGUACAAUUACAUAAAAGUAAAGGACGUGAAGGCGUCUCAACCAAGUGCUGACAGUCUCCCAGAUCGAAUCAAUAAGGAGUGGAAGUUGGAGAAGAAGUCUUCGGAUAAAUUCAAUCCUAAUGACAGUGUGGAGAUCCCAAGAGGUGGAGCCGAGAUAAACGACGAGGAAGCUCCUUUGAUCACAUCCCGGUUAUCUCAUAUUGGUCGGACGCAGCUCGGAAAUCAUGCCGCUUAG